UACAUGUCUUUGGUGAAAAUAACCCAAAUUAGGAUGUAUUUUUUAGUUUGUAGGAAAGUUAUAGAGUUCACAAACUAUGGUAUAGAUCUGAAUAUUCAUCAAUCCUGAAGUUCUGACAGCCAAUCUAAUUUCUUGAGGUCUAAGAAUGUCAGAACAGUACAGAUAUCCCCCAAAUGACCCCUUUUUGCAAAGUAGACAGUCCGAUGUACUUCAUAAUAGGCAUGGUGAGUUUUUUGAAGUUGUAAUUUUUUGUCAUAAUUUAUCGGAAAUGAAGAAAAUUUUUUUUUUUUUACAUACUGUCACC